AUGAGUGAACCAUCAUCAACAACAACGAACAACACCCCAAAUGAAUUUAUGGCUGUAGCUGAACAAUCUUUGUCGCCUGAUAAUCGUUCGGCACAUGUUCACUCGAGAAAUUCUUCUAAAACACUUAAAUGUCCGAAAUGUAAUUGGCAUUAUAAAUAUCAAGAAACAUUGGAAAUUCAUAUGAAAGAAAAACAUCAAAUGGUAACAAAUUCCGAUGGAAAUCUAAAUAAUUCAAAUGAAAAUGAAACAAAUUGUUCAUAUUGUUUAUCACAUAGUGUUCAUCCACGUCUUGCUCGUGGUGAACAAUAUCCAUGUGGAUUUAAACCAUAUAGAUGUGAUUUAUGUCUUUAUUCAACAACAACUAAAGGAAAUUUAGCAAUACAUAUGCAAUCAGAUAAACAUAUGAAUAAUUGUCGAGAUUUGUCUUCACCAUCUAUUCAACAACAAUCAACAUUUAUAUCUUCUCCUGACAAUUCUUCAUUUGAUCAAACAUCUCAAUCACAAGAAGUAAAAAUGGCAAGCGAAUCUUCAUCUAUUGAAACAUAUUCAUGUCCACUUUGUCCUCAAUCUAAUUUCAAUAGAAUGGAAUCAUUGAAAGAACAUUUAUGUUCAAUUCAUAAUUGUAGUCGAGAUGCUUUGAAUCGAUGUUUAUCAUUAAUUGGAGAUUCAGGAUUUUCAUCAAUGGCAGAAACAAAUUCUUGUGAUGAAUAUCGUUGUCAUUCUUGUCAUAAUAAAACAUUUAAAGAUUUUUAUCAUUUAUUAAAUCAUUUUCAAGAUGAAAGUCAUAUUGAUGAAGAAACAAAAUCCGUUGGUUUAUUAUGUUGGAAAAAAGGAUGUAAUCAAUAUUUUAAUUCAUUAACAAAUCUUGAAAAACAUUUUCGUGAAAUUCAUUCAAUUAAUUUAAAUGAUAAAAAUUCUUUUGAUUUAUCAUCAUCAUCAUCAAUUAAAGAAACAAAAGAAAUAAAUAAAGAAAUAAGUAAAGAAAUAAAAGAAAGUUAUUUUGAUAAUAAAAAUAGUUCAUCACCAUCAUCAUCAUCAAUUGGAAAUCAAAUGAAUUUUUUAUCAAAAACACGUGAAAGAUUAAUAUCAAUUGGUGAAGAUAUUGCUUUACAUUAUUUAGAAAAUAUAUCAAACACAAAUUCAAAUUCAAAUUCAACAUCCAGUUUAAAUUCAAAUUCAAAUUCAAAAUAUUCAAAUGAAAUUAUAUGUGAUUUAUGUUUAAAAAAAUUUUCAAGUUUAUCAAGAUUAAAAGUUCAUUAUGAAGAUAUACAUUCAAUAGUAUUAUCAUCACGUGCUAUACAACAUUGGAUAUUUCUUUUAGAAAAACUUCAUUCAUCAUCAUCAUCUUCAACAAUAUCAUCAUCAUCAUCGAAUAAAUUAAAAAGACAAUCAUCAUCAUUAAAUGAUUUAAAUCAAAUAAAAAAAUCUCGUUCAAAUUCAAAUUCAAAUAUUAUUUCAAAUGAAAAUAAUCUUUCAUCAUCUUGUUUUAUUUAUCCACAUAGUUCAACAAUAAAUAAUUCUUCAUAUGAUAUAGCACAUAAUAAACGUCAAAGAACACGUAUUAGUGACGAACAAUUAAAAAUUUUACGUUCAUAUUUUAAUAUAAAUAAUAGUCCAAGUGAUGAACAAAUAAAAUUAAUGUCAGAAAAAAGUCAAUUAACAACUAAAGUAAUUAAACAUUGGUUUCGUAAUACAUUAUUUAAAGAACGACAAAAAAAUAAAGAUUCACCAUAUAAUUUUUCCAAUCCACCAUUACAAUCAAAUCAAAUUGAUCUAGAUGAAUAUCAAAAAACUGGUCUUAUUAUUAAAAAAAAUGACAAUGAUUCAGAUUAUUCCGAUAAUGAUUUAACAUCAAAUGAUGAACAAGAUAUUCUUCUUUCAGAUGAAGAAUUUUAUGAUUUUAAUAAAUUAUCAAAUAAUAAUAAUAAUAAUAAUAACCAACAACAAUCACAACAACAACAACAGCAACAACAACAGUUAUUUCAAAAACAAUCAUCAUCAUCAUCAGCAUCACGACGUGCUAAUAGAACACGUUUUAGUGAUGAACAACUUCGUCUACUUCAAGAUGCAUUUGAAGGAAAUCCAUAUCCAAAAGAUGAUGAUUUAGAAAUUUUAUCAGAUAAAUUAAAAUUAAAUAGUCGUGUUAUCGUUGUUUGGUUUCAAAAUGCAAGACAAAAAGCAAGAAAAUCCUAUGAAAAUAAUUCACCUAAUGAAAAUAAUCAACAAAUACAAUAUACGACAAAAGAUAAAGAUGAUGGUUAUUCAUGUAAAAAUUGUCAUAAAUUAUUUCAACGUUUUGCUGAAUUAAUGAAACAUGCUAAACAAUGUUCAUCACCAUGUUUAAUAAAAAAGAAUUUUAAUGAUGAUAAUAAUACAAAAGAAUUAAUUAGUUUAAAUCGUUCAUCAUCAUAUGAUAUGUUAAUUAAAAAUAGUCUUCCAUUAUCAAAUGUUGGUACAACUACAUCAAAUAAAAAAGAUAAUUAUUGUGAACAAUGUGACAAAUAUUUUCAUUCAACGAAACAAUUUAAUGAACAUCAAACAUUCCAUAUGCAAGCAUUUCUUAAUGCUGCAACACUUUUUCCACUUGCUGCUUAUCAUCCAGCUGCAGCUGCAGCAGCUGCUGCAGCAGCUAUGGCUGCUUUUUCAUCACAAUUAUUUCAAAAUAAUCAAAAUUUUCCAAUUGUUGGAUUAGAUUUAAAUAAUUCAAAUGAAAUAAAUAAAAAAAGUUGUCAAAGUAUAUCAUCAUUUGGAUCUGAUUCAUCAAAUGAUAUUGAAGAAGGUGAUGGAGGAGAUGGAGAUGGAGAUGGAGAUGGUGAAGGUGAUGAUGAUGAUGAAGAUUUAUGUGAUGAUUCAAAUGAUGAAAAUAAAAAAAGUUCAUCACAAAAACGAAAUCGAACAACAAUAUUACCUGAACAACAAGAUUAUUUAAUGUCAAAAUAUUCAAUUGAAUCAAAUCCAUCAAGAAAAAUGUUAGAAGAUAUAUCUGAAGAAGUUAAAUUAAAAAAACGUGUUGUUCAAGUUUGGUUUCAAAAUACACGUGCUCGUGAAAGAAAAGGAAAUAUUAAAAUUGAUUCAAAUAUAAAUUUAAAUUUAAAUUCAAAUUCAAAUGAUAAUCAGAUAAUAAUUAAUAAAAAAUGUCUUCAUUGUUCAUUAACAUUUAAAUUAAAAUCAACACUUGAUAAUCAUUUAUUAUUAAAACAUUCGGAUAUAUAUAAAAAAAAAGAUGAUAUAUUAUUAAUUGAUUACGAUUUAUUUCCAAAUGUAUUUAAUUCAAAUGAUGAACUUCCACUUGAUUUAUCAAAAUCAUCAAUAAAAUAUGAUCUACAUGAAAGAAAACAAGAGAAUGAUUAUUUAUUAAAUGAAUCGAAUGAUUCAAGUAAUCAAUCAAUUGAUGAAUUAAAAAUUAAAGAUAAAAAUAUAUUCAAUGGAAAUUUAUCACCAAAUAGUUGUCAACAAUCAUCAAAUAAUUCAUUAAAUGGACAAAGAAGAUUUCGAACACAAAUGACACCAUUACAAAUUAAAUUAAUGAAAGCUAUUUUUCUUGAAUAUCGAACACCAACAAUGCCAGAAUGUGAAUUAUUAGGAAAAGAAAUUCAAUUACAAAAACGUGUUGUACAAGUUUGGUUUCAAAAUGCCCGUGCUAAAGAAAAGAAAAAUCCAAAUUUUUUUAAAUCCGAUCUUCCAGAUGAAUAUCAAUCAACGAAUGAUCAAUGUAAAUUAUGUCAAAUCAAAUAUACAUUACAAAAUCCUCAAAGAGAUCAUUUAUUUACAUCAAAACAUAUUGAAAAUAUUCGCUUAAUAUUAUCGAAACAAAUUGGAAAUGUUUCAACAUCAACACCACCAACACCAACAACAAUAAAAGAUGAUUUUAUAAAAAAGAACAGUAUAAAUAUGAAAAUUGAUAUUGAUAAUAAUUCAAAUCAAUCAGUAUUAGAUAAAUCAUCUAAAGAUGAACAAAAUCAACUUAUGUCUUAUAUUAAUUUAAUGCAUCUUAUGCCAAUUGGUAUUGAUCCAUAUAAUUAUGGUUUAAUGGAUCCAAAUAUUCAUGGAACACCUUUAUUUAUGUUACAAUUACCUGAAGAAGCUUUAAAAAAAAUUCUUUCAUUAAGUAAAACCGAUGCUCAUUUAACACGUGCUCAAUAUACUCAAGAUGGAAAAAAUCUUCAAGAUUUAUUUGAUCAUUCUUAUCAUCAAGUUGAUUAUCAAACUAUUGAUGUGGGCUAUGCUUGUAAAAGAUGUUAUCUUGUUUGGCCAUUAUAUGAAUCAUGUCGAUGUCAUGCAUUAGUUUGUUGGCAAAUAUCUGGAUCAAGAUUACCUCUAACUAUAAAAUCAAGUGAAGAUUUAAAUAAUUUAUCAGGUUAUAUAUUUAAAAUUGAACAAUUAACAUAUCGAUGUUUAUUAUGUAAAACAUCAUAUUCAACAACAAUUGAAUAUGAAAAACAUACAAAAGAUGAUAUUCAUUUAAAAAAAAAACUUUCAAAUUCAUCUAUUCAAGAGAAUGAUUCAUAUUAA